GGUUUCCCGCCGACGAACAGCCAGGGCGGCGGGAUAUUCGCGGCCGCCAUGAGCGACCUGUCGCCCCUGUGGCAGGGUGCGAAGUGCCAGGGCUCCCAGGACGCGAGCAAGUGCAACGGGAGGGGGUCCUGUGUGAACUGCGUCGGACCGGCGUGCCCUGACGAGGAGCUGUGCGGGACGUGCUUUAACGUCAGAUGCACCGGCUCCCUCGACGGCGAGACCUCCGGCGCGUGCACCGGAAAGACCAUCAAAGUCAAGAUCGUCGACGCCUGCCCAGCCACACACCCAGCCAACUUCUGCAAGAUCCCUCAGUUCGGCGGCACAAUCCGCCCUAUUGAGGCCUGCGAGCAGCCCGGCGUCAACGCGCUCGACAUUGCCACGACCGCGCGCAGCACCCUGUCCACAUUCCAAGGGAACCUUAACAUCGACGUCGAGCCUACUUCGUGUUGA